UGUCAAGAGCGGGUCUGUGUAUCUGAUCAACUUAAAACAAAUGUCUGCUGAAGGAACCAGUUUAUAACCACAGAAAAAAGAAGCGUUCAUGGAGGGAGAGUCAGAGGAGUCAGAAGAGGAGUUUCGGGGACCGGACCAUCCCAUUGUGCUGUGGGAGAGUUCUUUUCAGCAGAGCAUCUUUGUUGACAUCAGUGAUGAUGAAAGUCUUCACCUCAGUGAUCUGGAGAGUUCUUUAGCUUUACAUUUCUCCAAAGCAGACUCUGUUCCCUCAGAGGCCAGCAUCCAUCUAAGUAGUAAGUCACAGUUUUUAAUUGGCUGUGCAGAGCUUUCAGCAUUGGAUGACACUUCAUCUGACAGCAUCACUGUCAACAGUAAAGAUGUGAAGUCGGUUGAGACCACGACUAGGAGGAGCAUAUUGCAUGUGUCUUCCCAAAGACCAAACACCAUGCAAGAUGAGCUGCCCUUAAGGCAGGGCUGUAAGGAUGCAGGGCAAGAUACCAGCGAUGAAGAUCAGGAGGACCUACCCUAUGAUGUUGAUCUUGGAAGCCACUACUUCAACCAGACAGCUAGCUCUGAGGGAAGAUCUGAGGGAGGAUCUACUGUUCAAGGAAGUCCCGAGCUUCCAAGUCUGCCUGAACUGUUGCAAGACGAGUCCAUCUCUAAUCAGAAAAAGUCUUUUGAAGCUUCCAAACCUUCUGAGGCUGCCCAACAAUGCCCUGGUGUUGCGGACAUUAACCAUUUGUUGCUGCACCACUUUUCCCAGGAUGAGUUGCUGCGAACAGGUAGACUGAUUGAGGCGGAAACCCUGCCAGAGGUGUCCCUGCUGGAGAGUGUGGACAACAGUGUUUUAAGCUUGGCUCCAACACUCAGCAGUGCACAGAUCCGAAGCAACCACACAGAGAACUCUGUUGAAGGGUGCAGUACUGCAGCAAAAAAUGAAUAUUUAGAGUUAAAAACAGUAAAGAAGAUUGAUUGUUUCACAUCAGUUGCUACUGACAACAAUGUAUCCAGUUCCACAAGUUCAAAUCAGAGCACUGAGGAUGUCUGUGCAAAUGGCGUGAACCAAAAAAAUGCAGAAAAAGAUGAUCAGAAUGAAAGAGCCCCUCUGGUACGUACUAGAUCCUUCAGUGAGAUGAAGUAUGGCCAAGGUCAGGUUCAUUACCCUCUCCCUGACUUCUCCAAGGUUGCCCCUAAAGUAAAAAUCCCCAAAGCUCCAAGUGGAGCUAUCAGGUUUGUUCCAAAGUGCUCUAAAACUAUGCACAAAGCCCACUCUUCUCCGGGGAUGUUAGACUUGAUAAGCAGAGUCCUGGAGGAUUCAAUUCAGCCAUCAGAGAAGCUCUGUGACUUCAAAGACGACAACAAACAGAAUCCACCUACACUUGUGCAUUACCUGCAGGCUGAAUAUGACAAACUGCUGACUAAGUAUGCAGAUGCAGAGAGACUGAUAGAUGACAUGAGACUGGGAGCCAAUACUCUGUCUCCAGAACAUAUGCUUUAUUUAGAGCAUAGUAAUGAUGAUGAUGAAAAACAUGACAAGCCUGCUGAAGGUAGACAUUUUGGAUAUUUAGCUCCCCACCGUCUUCCAUCAGAUAUGUCUCCAAAUUUCAGAUCAGAAAACGUCAGUGAAAAUCAAGAAGAAACCACCCGGUACAGAACAACCAAGGAAGCAUCCAGAGAUUUCUCAGACCAGGGUGAAAAUGUUCCCAGUGAAGGAGACAGAAUGACUGCUGAGCUGAGGGACGUCAUCAGCCACUUCAUGCAGAAGGUGGAGGAGUUCAGAUUUAGUGUUAGCAACAUGGCUACAAACACAGCUGAACAGCAAACGAUAAUGAGGAUCAUGAUGGAGGCUCAGGACCAGCUGGAGAGGAAAUACAUCAGUAAGAAAGAAGAGCAUCGAGCUCUGGAGAUGCAGAACUACAUGGGUCUGUCCAGGAAUACUGGCACCUUUGACCCAAACAGAUUAGUGGAGGGGGAUAUAUUCAGGAUAGGGAUGCAUCUCGAGGACAUAAAGGAGAUGAUUGAUAAAACAGUUUUGGAGCAGAUCUCUCCACCCCACUCAUCCUCUACUCCCAAACCCGCGCCCGCGUCCCUGCAUGUGAACACCAGUGCACGGUGCACGCCCUCACCUUCACCUCCACUACGCCUGCAUGAGGGUCAACAUGCAGGUUUUUCUGCAGGGAGCUGUAAGGUGGACACACAGAAGGAAGAAGUAAAACAAGAGGAAGUGAAGGAAAGUGAUGCAAAUCGUAGAGUAACUCAAAGCAGGGAGACAGUUGCCACAGAGAAACGGCCUGGAGCCAACAUCUGCUGUUCACGGUACAGUAUUAGUGUCAGGUUCCACUGUGGAGAGGGAACAGAGUGUUUGCAUCUGUGCAGGCCAUCUUGUCUGCCCUGUUUCAGGGACUUACUGGGCUCCCUGGAGGGACUGGACAUCCAGACAGCUGUGGACGCAGAGAGCAGUGAAGAGCUGCUAGAUCACAGUGACAUCCUUGCAUACCUGAGUGGAACUAGUUCCGACUCAAGAGGGAGGCAGUGGCCAGCCAACAGUGACUGUGACCUGGGUGACUGUGUGAGUCUGGCAGUGGAGCUGUCCUUUUCCCCUGAUGCUGUUCGAGACUCAGACAGCCAGAGCAUCUCAGAGCCUCCUCUCAACACCUCAUGUGUGUCACAGAGGAUUAUAAGUCCAGAGACAGACAGUGGAUUUGGGAGUUCCUAUUUGAACCAUUCAGCCUCUGGAUCACUUCAACCAAAUCUCCUCACAGGGAGUGUUCAAUCCCAGAGCGAGGGCACAAGUAGCUCAGACUGUGACGGUUCCUGCUCCAACCUUCAGACAGAAAUUCCUUCAGGCAUUCUGGCCGGCCACCAGUGGGCUAGCCCUCGUCCGUGUGUCCAAACGCUGCACUGUGGAGCUACAGCUGCAGUGGAGCUUUGGGUGGAGAGCACCACCAAGGAAGCUUCAGUCAAGCGGCAGGCUGACCAAAAUCUGCCUCCCAAGUUUCACCAGCACGUAUCUGAGCCUGUAUCCAGCACCGCCAUGGAUGCUGUUGGCAAACACAGCCCACUGCACUCCUGCUCCUUCAACAGUGAGGCUAUCCUGGCUUUACAAUCAGAGGUGUCGAGGUUAAAGACGGACCUGGAGGAGGGCCUUGUCCAGCUGCCUCACCUAGCACAGAGGAUGGAAUAUCUCACCUCGAGAUACAGACGAGAGCGUCAGGGACGCAGGUCUAGAGCUAGAACCCACCAGGCCCCAGCUUGUAGUGGUGCGGGGAAGUCAAGUAGCAGAGGUGUGAGUAACCUCAGUUCUAGUGAGUUAAGGAUAGAGGACUGGAUCUCCUCAGACAUGGACCCCAGCAAAGGUAAAGACACAGAGAGUGCUGAAGCCAGUUGCUCUGACAUCCGGUUACAUUUACACGAGUCACUUCUGGGGAGCAGAAGAGGUGCCAGAAGUGCUUUUUCAGAGAAUGAGUUUCAAGAUAAACUUCAGCAGUCAACAUCAUCCAAAACAGCCACCAAGACGUUUUACUCUAGAGACAGGUGGUCUCUACUGUCCUCUUCGUGUGUCCAGAAGCCCCUUCUCCAGGUCAGUUACGGCUCCUCCAGCAGUCUGCCAGCCAGCUAUAAAGUGCGGGAGACACAGGUGCAGUCCAUGUCCUGUCCCAGAAUGCGCUCCAUCCAGUCAGACACAGCGCUGCUACCCAACAACGUGUACUUCCAGCAGACACAGUCACUGGUGCCAGCGUCCUCCAGAACUGCCAGCAGGACAAGCAGACGCAGAGGGAAAAAGGAGGAAGACAUGAACAGGACUCUGGAUCAGGCAAUUGAGGUGGCCCGUAGCAUGCAGAGAUCCACAGCCCACAUGGCCCGGAGACUGUCCGCUGACUUGGCCAAGGCUCAGUUGCACAGGAAACUUCCCAACAUGCAGCCACCAGAGGGCAGGAGACACCAAGCUCUUUAACACCAACAACACAGCUCAGGUUUCAGCCAUCUGUGAGCUGAUGAAAUACUGCAUCUAUAUCUGUACAGACAUACUUUCAUGAAGAGAUUUCUUGUUUUUAAGCUACUUUUUCCUUCUCCACACAACAUAUACUUACAACAGACAGAAAAUGUUGGAAUCCUUGAAAACCAAAAGAUUAUUUAAAAGAGUAUAAAAUGUUUGGUAAUGAAAGUAAAGAGCAAAAUAUUGCUUACACUUACGUACAUCAGCUUUGAAAUAAACAUUUGGUGAAAAUAGACAUAAGGAAUGUGACUGAAUUGUGAGGUGAUACCAGUAAAUAUAGUAUUACAAUCAAAUCACCUUUUUUAAUUUCAUAAAUUUCAACACAAUUGGUUGUUACGCACACACAAGGAAACCGAGGCAGCAAGCGAUGAAGUUAAUUGAGACUAAAUCUUAGUUGCAUUGGUAAUAUUGUGUUUCAGGAAAAAACCCUCCCUGUCUUUAGUUUGAGUAUCAGCUUCCAUCCUUUCAGCCAGUGUGCUUAUUUGGUGCCUCUAAUGCCCAUCCCUGCUGGCCUGUGGCUGCUGUCCACACAGUUUCUUCUUACUUAGUUUCUGCCGGAUGGCUUUGUGGACCUGUUCCUACCACCGCCGUGUCCCGCCGGUGCCGGGCUCAGUCCAGAUUUUUCCUUGUGGGGCGUUGAGCUGCUCUGUUGUUUUACAGGGAUGUCUGUUAAAGGAGGAGUCUGAAGCACAUUCCUGAUCUGUUCUGGUUUUUGCAGGAAAGAAGAGGUUCUUAUGUUCUUAAUUUUCAAUGAGCUGUAGGCCAGUUUAACGUACGUUUGAUACGUAGAGAGAAACAGUCAGAGCACAGAGCAAACCAUCAAACCUACGCCCAGUUUUUGACAUUAUGAAGAAAAAACCCUCUGGUCCUCUUCACGGCCGAAAGUACAACAUGAAGUAAAUAACAGCAGAAAACAUCUUACACCAUACCAUUGUUUAUUUUUACAACAAACUACACCCUUUUACUGCUUCUACAGCCAUUAAGAGGGUAAGUGGCAGAUGCUCCUAAUCAAAUACCACUGAUUAAGUGAUCAGCACCUGGAGCAGCUUGAUAGGAAAAGCAGAAUGUUUGAUAGUUAGCUGACCUCGAUAACACAGGUGUCUGUUAACAAAAUGAUAACAAGAUAAGACAUCGGCAAUGAUCUUCGAGAAACGGUUGCUGCUGAUCAUGAAUCUGGGAGGGGUUAAACAACUAUUUCUAAACCAAUUAGUCCAUUAUUUUACAAAAAGAAAGAUUUUUGACAAGUAAGAAACUUUAGAAAUAGUUUUCAGAUCUCCCUCUGAGGCAAUAAUUUGUAUGUGGGCCCCAUUUGAGAUAUAAAUGUGGGAUUAGUCCAUGGAUAACAUGUUGACCCCGAUCUAAACUGCUGGCAAUGAUUAUCCUCAGGUAUGGGGAUGGUGACAUAAUAGCUUUUGUCUAUGAACUAUUUAAAAAGGCCAAACAAACCAACAUUUGAGGGACGAAGCUGGGGGCGUAGCCUGAUAUAAACACAAGAUAAAAUAGCCAGGCAGACAAGAACAUCCUCGUCUUCACACAAGAGACACUUUAAUCGAUUCGGCUGCAUGUCUCUGCUCCUUGUCUCACUGAAUGUGGAAACAUCUGAUGACGUCUGAUCUCAAUUCUGUCGGGUUAGAGUCCCUCGGUGUGAAUCCUAUGAACUCUAUUUGUUUUAGUUUUGUUGCUUUUUUUGUUUAAAUUUUAAAUCAUGCUUUUUUAUUUU